AUGUCCGCUGCCAACGACAUUGUCGAAGACGAGUUCGAUUUUGAGGCCGAAGAUGCGGAGUACGAAGAUGGAAACGCACAACUCGGUGUAGCUGAAGAAGACCAAGGCAUCGACCAGUCGAACGUCAUCCAGGGUGAUAACCUUCGCCAUGCCAAGCCCCAGACGUCGAACGGUUACAAUGAGGGACCCAGCGAGGAUGAUCUUCCCCAGGAAGCGCUCUGA